GAGUUGUUUGCCACCAGCCAAUGUGCGGAAAGUGAGUGUUCCCUCCUCACUCCCAACAGCAGGUACUACAUUCCCCUGUCUUGCCAGGAGAGGAGCCGUAACUGUAGCAACCGGUGGCAGGUUCUCUCUUCCCAAGUGGGGACGGCGAUGGAGUGAGGAGGGGAAAGGAGGGAGGUGGCAGAAGAGUCUGCAUAACACUGCUCGCCCUGGAGCAGCAGGAAAGUUCCCUGCGUCUCCCAGCUCACUCGUUCUCCAUUCUUCCCUGAGUCUGCUCAGGGCCAGCAUCCCUCAGCCACCGGAGGAAACUCUUGCCUCCCGUGAGCAGCAGCAGCAGCAGCAGCAGCAGCAGCAGCAGCAGCAGCAGCCUGUGCACCAGCCGCAGCCCAGCUCUGUGGCAGCCCGUGUCCGUGAUGAACGCCUCGUGCUGCCCGCCCUCCGCUCAGCCGGGGCUGCCCGACGGCCUGGAGCGCCUGGCCGCCACCUCCUCCUCUUCCUCCUCCUCCGCGGGCAACCAGAGCAGCCACGGGUACUGCGAGCAGGUCUUCAUCCAGCCGGGCGUGUUCCUGGCGCUGGGCACCGUCAGCCUGCUGGAGAACAUCCUGGUCAUCCUGGCCGUGGCCAGGAACAGCAACCUGCACUCGCCCAUGUACUUCUUCCUCUGCAGCCUGGCCGCCGCCGACAUGCUGGUGAGCGUGUCCAACGCCCUGGAGACCAUCAUGAUCGCCGUGGUCGACAGCGGCGCGCUGGCCCUGGGGGACCGCUUCGUGCAGCACAUGGACAACGUCUUCGACUCGAUGAUCUGCAUCUCGCUGGUGGCCUCCAUCUGCAACCUGCUGGCCAUCGCCGUGGACCGCUACGUCACCAUCUUCUACGCACUGCGCUACCACAGCAUCGUGACGGCGCGCCGGGCGCGCGGCCUCAUCGCGGUAGUGUGGCUGUGCUGCGGCGUGUGCGGCGUGGUCUUCAUCGUCUACUCCGAGAGCAAGACAGUCAUCGUGUGCCUGGUCACGCUGUUCUUCGCCAUGCUGCUGCUCAUGGGCACCCUGUACGUGCACAUGUUCCUGUUCGCGCGGCUGCACCUGCGGCGUAUCGCCGCGUUGCCCGCCGCCGCCGACGGGGCAGCCCCGCAGCAGCAGCAACAGCAGCAGCAGCACUCGUGCCUCAAGGGCGCCAUCACCAUCAGCAUCCUGCUGGGCGUCUUCGUGGUCUGCUGGGCGCCCUUCUUCCUGCAUCUCGUGCUCAUCAUCACCUGCCCCACCAACCCCUCCUGCGUCUGCUACGCCGCGCACUUCAACACCUACCUGGUGCUCAUCAUGUGCAACUCCGUCAUCGACCCGCUCAUCUACGCCUUCCGCAGCCCCGAGCUCAGGAGCACCUUCCGCGAAAUCCUGUGCGGCUGCCCCGGCAGCGUGAGCCCCGGCUAGGACGCGGGCCCGAGGCCGGUCCCUCCGGCCAGCUGAGGUGUUUGGAAAGAAGAGGCGGGAAUCCAGAGUGUGUGAACAGCCAUGGCUGUGUGCAUCUUGUUUGGAAGCUGGCAGGGCCUUGGACAGGGAAAUGGGAUGUCACCGGCUCUCUGAAAGGAUCCCAACGUGGGUAAGUCUCAGACUCUGAUUCCCCAACAGCCACGGGAGGAAGGAGUCCGUGAGGCGGCUCCGGCUGCCUGCCCACCCGCCUCCCGGCAUGUCCUUGCCCCUCGGGUCAUCCAGACUGAAGGAUUCUCAGUGACAGGAGGGUGGGUCGAAGCUCUCCGGAGCAAACCUCUUACCACGCCCGACCUCGGCUGCCAGCUGCUCCCAUGGCUUUGCCCUGAUUUCAUAAGACACUUGAGUUUCCAUCCUGUUAUUCUGCUUACAGUGCAACAGUUGCCCCACAACAAUGGACUCUUUGUGAAAGAAGUGAUGCAGCCCAGCGCCCUCUUUACCCUCCUACCCUCACCAGCCUCU